GAGUGCUCCACCAUGGCUCGAAGGAAAAGCAAAGGCGCCGAGGCGCGCAAUGCUGACAAUGCUGACUCGACCUCCGCUGCGCAGACCCGGAUCUCGCGGACAUCUCAACCUCAGCCUCGGCGUUCCAAGCCUGAGCGGGUUGCUGCUGGCAAAUCCGCCGGCAAGGUUCAGCAGUGCCACCAAGUGAGGCCUAAGAUCACACCCGUCCCGGCAAGCGCGGUCUCCUGUCCCAAGACAGCCGUCAAGACCGAGCAGCUUUCGGUCCGCAUCAGGAGCCAAGCACAGACUUCGCAGAAGAAGCGCCCGACAGCCAUGGCUGGCCAUAAGCAGGGUGCCAACCCGGCCUCCAACGGGGUCCGGGCCCAGCUUGAAGUUCCCGAGGGCUACGUAUUCAAGACCAAGAAGACUACGAAGCGCCGGAACCGGACCAAGAAAACGACCGAAACCCCCAUCCCCGAACCCGAGCCUGUGAGGCCAUGGGAAAUUGAUCGUGAAUAUCCCAAGCCGCAGGAUGACACGAAGAGCUUUAACUACGAGAGAAAUAAAUGGCGCUCAUUUGGCAACAAGGAUGCCAAAAAAGAGAUCGAGAAAGCACUGGCUAGAGGCAGCCGGGCACGCCUCCCCCAGAUCUUUCCCGACUCGACUCCGGAGCAGCUGGAGCGGGCUCAGCGCAUUUACUGGAGCAAGAACGAGCGAAAGCUGUAUCACAUCAGGCUCACGAAGCGGGCUGAGCCAAUCUUGUCCAGGCUGUUCAUUGUUCGAACGACAACAAUUGGCUGGUCAAGCUUCUGAGAGUCGGAGAAUUGGGGAAGUUCAUUAUUGAGUAUCUCAGCCUCCGCGAUCUCACGGCCGUCGCAGCAGCCUGCAAGCAUCUUGCCAUCUGUGUCGAGAAGUAUCUGGUACGUCUUCCCCGCUAUAAGUCGAUGAUUAUUACUAUUUGCUCUGUAUAUACCUACAGGGACUUAC